AUGGUAUCUUCUGGAUCAUUCGUCGCUGCAAGCGAUAUGCCUGCUGGCACACCCAAUCGUCUUGACAUGAGAAUCGGUUGUUACAUUCUUUAUGGGCUUUGUACAACUGCUGUCAUCCUUCGGUACGCCUUACUUCCUGGUAUUCUCAGCAUUCAGACUUAACAAGCCUAGUGUUUAUGCCCGUACGAUAUAUAACAAGACAAUGGGGUUCGAUGAUAUUAUGGUUAUUGCGGCUUGGGUAACAAUCUCCACCACUCUUCUCGAUUUGGCUAACUCGAUCCCUCACCAGCUCACAGAGACGAUCGUUAUCGAGGUAUCAAGAUCAUGUUUGAUCAUGGCGUUGGAUGGCAUGUUGCAGACAUCAUGACGCUCGAGAAUGCACCGGCUGUCAUUGCACGAAUGAUUUUGGUAAGUAGCUUACAUCUAUUGUGGACACCAAACCUGUAUCUCAACUCUUCUCUUGCUAAUAUUACUGAAAGUGGCCAUGGGUUGGUCAAAUCAUUUACUUCUUCAGCUUAGGAUGUAUCAAAGGAAGUAUCGUUGCGUUGUACCUUCGACUGGCAGUCACUCAAAGACAACGAUAUAUUCUUUGGGGUGUUCUGGCAUUGAUACUUACUCAAAGUCUUACAUCCACAAUUGCAAGUAUUCUCGGGGCCAGAAAUAUCUUAUAUUGUCGACUGACUUGUGAUUUUCCUCCGCAGGUUGUAGCAGCUUUCUUCUGCAGUCCGCUUAGCCAAGUCUGGACAGAUCCAACUGCUAUUGGGGGACCAACCUGUAUCGCUGUCUUGCCAUUCAACUAUUACAAUGCUGGAUUAUUCGUCGCAACAGAUAUCUUCCAUGCCACUGAACCUUUGGUUGUCAUCAAGGACUUAUAUAUGGAUAAAGAAAGGAAAUAUUCGCUCUGCAUCAUGUUUUCCCUUAGUCUUCUUGCCAUUGGAGGUACAAUCUCUCGCCAAGUAACAAAUGCAAUCGCUAUAGAGAAUACUGAAGAUUUCACAUGGUAACCACUCCCUCUACACCACUACCUCGAGUUCUCUAACCUUACCACAGGCUCUGGGCCCCAGCAGCACUCUGUUCAGUUCUCGAAUCCAGUCUUGGAAUAAUCUUUGUCUGCGUCCCUGCCAUGGCUCCCCUCUUCUUUCGCUUUAUCGGCGGCUCCACAGAGCGAUAUGUACAAACCCCCGAUCGCCCCGGAACGUUCGGUAAAAUCGGCGAGAACUUGAAUCCCAAACUUAGACCUACGGAUGAGAGCAUCCUCUGCGUUACAAAAGUGACGGCCGUUGAUCCCAUGGACCGCGGCGCGGAUUCAGAAAGAGGAGGAGCGUAUGAGAUGGAUGAGAGGAGUGGUGAUGAGAAGUUUACGACGGGUGAUGAUGGAAGUGAGAAGACGUUUAUCAUUCAGGCAAAGCAUGGACAUAAUGUUGAGAGAGCGAUGA